AUGUUCAGAAACGCCUUGCGAGCUCGAACUGUCGUUCCCAGGCGCGGCGGUGGAUUUGUAGCAGAAGCCGAGUUACGGCAUUCAUAUGAUGUUACAUUUGCGUGGCUCCUGAAAGCGAACGAGUUGCAACGCACGGUGUUUAUGCAUUACGUAAAUCUGGUCGACAAGAGAUCUACGAAAGUAGGUCGAGCAUUCGCGAAGUGCAUUCGGCGUCACAGUGAAAACAUGCCGAAUUUGGUGCUGAUGGACGUUUUGACUAAAACGUCGUACCGUCCUGAAGGCGAAGCUUCUGCAAGCAUGCAGCGUGAUCUGCAAAGGUACGAAACAAUUUUGGGCACUUUGCUGCAGCUGCUUUACGGUGGCCCUGAACUGGUGAAAUCGAUGGAUUCCCAGACGUACAUCCGCACGAUGUUAAAGAGUGUUCCCAUUACGAGUGUUCACUUCAAAACCUUCAUGGUCGCUGACCUGCUUGAUUAUCUGGUUCUGCUUAAGGACAAGAAAGGAAUUUUUCUCGAAGCUCUGACGUUGUCUCUGUACGACGAGUGUGUGCGUCGCGUGUUUACGCUCGGUACGGUUGAAUCGCUGAGACUGUUUGACGCUAUCGUUAGACUUGUCAAGCCGACAGAGUUUGCAGACGUGUUUCUGGAAAUGAUUCGAACUGGCGUUUGUCAGCGCAUGAGGCACUAUCACCUUCCAAUCGUUGCCUACCUCCUAUCGUUCACUAGCGACCGCAUUGAACAUCAAGUAUUGGCUGAUAUCGAUUCGAUUUUCAUGAAGAAGCCUUACCGUUUCCAGCCGGAUGAUCUGGUUUUGAUAUGUUACCUGUUCAUAUGCAUGAAUUACGGUGGAUCUGCAAAGAUGCGUUUCUACGUUUCUCGCAUCAUAAGCCUGAGUACCAUCCAACUGAGCCCAUUUUCACGAAGCGUCAUGCAAAUGUACUUGAAGUCGAGUGAAAGCUGA